GGAGGCCAGAGUCCAGAGAGAGACCAACAGGGAGACCAACAGGGAGACCAGAGUCCAGAGAGAGACCAACAGGGAGGCCAACAGGGAGACCAACAGGGAUACCAGAGUCCAGAGAGAGACCAACAGGGAGACCAGAGUCCAGAGAGAGACCAACAGGGAGGCCAACAGGGAGACCAGAGUCCAGAGAGAAACCAACAGGGAGACCAGAGUCCAGAGAGAGACAAACAAGGAGAUCAACAGAGAGACCAGUCCAGAGAGAGACCAGUCCAGAGAGAGACCAACAGGGAGACCAGAGUCCAGAGAGAAACCAACAGGGAGCCCAGAGAGAAACCAACAGGGAGCCCAGAGUCCAGAGAGAGACCAACAGAGAGACCAGAGUCCAGAGAGAGACCAACAGGGAGACCAACAGAGAGACCAGAGAGAAACCAACAGGGAGACCAACAGGGAGACCAGAGUCCAGAGAGAGACCUACAGGGAGACCAACAGGGAGACCAGAGUCCAGAGAGAGACCAACAAAGAGACCAACAAAGAGACCAACAGGGAGACCAGAGUCCAGAGAGAGACCUACAGGGAGACCAACAGGGAGACCAGAGUCCAGAGAGAGACCAACAAAGAGACCAACAGGGAGACCAGAGUCCAGAGAGAGACCUACAGGGAGGCCAACAGGGAGACCAACAGGGAGACCAGAGUCCAGAGAGAGACCUACAGGGAGGCCAACAGGGAGACCAACAGGGAGACCAGAGUCCAGAGAGAGACCAACAGGGAGACCAGAGUCCAGAGAGAGACAAACAAGGAGACCAACAGAGAGACCAGUCCAGAGAGAGACCAACAGGGAGACCAGAGUCCAGAGAGAGACCUACAGGGAGGCCAACAGGGAGACCAGAGUCCAGAGAGAGACCUACAGGGAGGCCAACAGGGAGACCAGAGUCCAGAGAGAGACAAACAAGGAGAUCAACAGAGAGACCAGUCCAGAGAGAGACCAGUCCAGAGAGAGACCAACAGGGAGACCAGAGUCCAGAGAGAAACCAACAGGGAGCCCAGAGAGAAACCAACAGGGAGCCCAGAGUCCAGAGAGAGACCAACAAGGAGACCAACAGAGAGACCAGUCCAGAGAGAGACCAGUCCAGAGAGAAACCAACAGGGAGCCCAGAGAGAAACCAACAGGGAGCCCAGAGUCCAGAGAGAGACCAACAAGGAGACCAACAGAGAGACCAGAGUCCAGAGAGAGACCAACAAGGAGACCAACAGAGAGACCAGAGAGAAACCAACAGGGAGACCAACAGGGAGACCAGAGUCCAGAGAGAGACCUACAGGGAGACCAGAGUCCAGAGACAGACCAACAAAGAGACCAACAAAGAGACCAACAGGGAGACCAGAGUCCAGAGAGAGACCUACAGGGAGACCAGAGUCCAGAGAGAGACCAACAAAGAGACCAACAGGGAGACCAGAGUCCAGAGAGAGACCUACAGGGAGGCCAACAGGGAGACCAGAGUCCAGAGAGAGACCAACAGGGAGACCAGAGUCCAGAGAGAGACAAACAAGGAGACCAACAGAGAGACCAGUCCAGAGAGAGACCAACAGGGAGACCAGAGUCCAGAGAGAGACCUACAGGGAGGCCAACAGGGAGGCCAACAGGGAGACCAGAGUCCAGAGAGAGACCUACAGGGAGGCCAACAGGGAGACCAGAGUCCAGAGAGAGACCAACAGGGAGACCAGAGUCCAGAGAGAGACAAACAAGGAGACCAACAGAGAGACCAGUCCAGAGAGAGACCAACAGGGAGACCAGUGUCCAGAGAGAGACCAACAGGGAGACCAGAGUCCAGAGAGAAACCAACAGGGAGACCAACAGAGAGACCAACAGGGACACCAGAGUCCAGAGAGAGACCAACAAGGAGACCAACAGAGAGACCAGAGUCCAGAGAGACCAACAGGGAGACCAACAGGGACACCAGAGUCCAGAGAGAGACCAACAAGGAGACCAACAGAGAGACCAGAGUCCAGAGAGAAACCAACAGGGAGACCAACAGGGAGACCAGAGUCCAGAGAGAGACCAACAAGGAGACCAACAAAGAGACCAACAGGGAGACCAGAGUCCAGAGAGACCAACAGGGAGACCAGAGUCCAGAGAGAGACCAACAGGGAGACCAGAGUCCAGAGAGACCAACAGGGAGACCAGAGUCCAGAGAGAGACCAACAGGGAGACCAGAGAGAAACCAACAGGGAGCCCAGAGAGAAACCAACAGCGAGACCAGAGUCCAGAGAGAGACCAACAGGGAGACCAAGCAGUA